AUCUCAUGUACCAUAACUAUGGUGUGCUAACAAUUUGCAGUGAACUAUCAACCGUGGCUAAAUGAUUUUUUCUCACUUCCUAAGGAGCAGGGGUGGACUGACAAUUCAUGGGGCCCCCGGGCAAUAGGGGAUCAUGGGGCCCCUGUGUCCUUGCCCAAACUCAAAAAAGCCUAUGAAAAAGGUACCAGGGGCAUCUCAUGGGGCCCCUACUGACCCCAGGCCCUCAGGCAGUGCCCGAGUUUCCAAAUGGUCAGUCCGCCCCUGCUAAGGAGUAC